UUAAGUUUCAAUUCUAAUUAAAUUUUAUAAUUAAACGGUGAGAUUGAACCUAACGUCUUUUGGGAUCGAGCUUAAAGUGAAAGCGUACUUUGACGUUUAAAACGCCAAUACAUACAAAAAGAGAUAAUCAGCAAUUUAAAAUGAGUUCUGGUUUUAUAACUGAAACGGAGGCAGUUGAAGUGAGGAAUCGGAGACAAGCCGAAUGGGAAAGAGUUAGAAAAGCGGAUGAUCCAAUAGAACGUCCAGAAGAACCCCACGAUCACCGAAGUUUAUACGAAAAAUUACAAGAGCAGAAACAAAAAAAAGACUUGGAAUAUGAAGAAGCACAUAAACUUAAAAACAUGAUAAAAGGUCUUGAUGAUGAUGAAAUAGAAUUCUUAGAUUUGGUUGAUCGUACGAAAUUAGCAGCCGAUAGAAGAAAAAACAUUGAGGAAGAGCAAGAAUUAAAUGAUUACAGAAAUAGAGUGGCGAGUUUACAAGAAAAAUCUUUAGAUAAUAAAUUACAGGCUGAAAUUCAAGCUGUUAAACCGAAAGUGAUAGUGACAAAUAAAAAGUCUCAAACCAAGUUAUUAAAAGGAGUGGUUGUUAAAAAAACUGAAGCUAUCAAGCGAAAACACGAUGAAAUAGAAGAAAGCAAUAAACUAACUCAUCAUAAUAAAUGUGAAAAGAGUCAGCGAAAAGAUGAAUCUAAAAAAGAUGAAGCAAACCCACAUGGAACAAAAAGAGAUCAUGAUUCAACUAAAGAAGUGGAUAAAUUAACAUGUAUUGGUAUUUUGCCUGGCUUGGGUUGUUACAAUGAUUCCAGUUCUAAUGCUAGUUCUGAUUCUGAUCAAGAUGAUUCUUGUUUGAGUAAUUCUGCCUAUGAUUUUUUAGGUAGGAAAUUAAUUUUAAAAGAAAAAAAGCAAGGCAAGGUGGAAAAUUAAUUUUGAUGAAUGUAUUUAUGUCUAAAAUAAAAUUGUUUCUUAUGAUGGAAUAAUUUGUAUUAUCUUAAAUAUACACUAUAAUGUGUCAA